CAAGUGAACAGCUUUCAGGUGGUAAUGACGUCACUGUGAACAUGGCAGAGGAUGCACAAACGAAGAGCUCCCCCGAACUAAUUCGGGGGCAAAUAUUUGAUGUCGGCCCAAGAUAUAUCAAGCUUGCGUACAUUGGCGAAGGUGCUUAUGGAAUGGUCUGUUCAGCAUUAGACAAUGUAACAAAGGCUAAAGUAGCGAUAAAAAAGAUCUCGCCAUUCGAACAUCAGACGUACUGCCAACGUACAUUGCGAGAGAUCAAGAUCCUGACUCGAUUUAAACAUGAAAAUGUAAUCAAUAUCCAGGAUAUUAUCCGAGAAGUCAGCAUAGGGGAGAUGAAAGAUGUAUACAUAGUGCAGUGCCUCAUGGAGACAGACCUGUACAAACUGCUGAAGACACAACAACUCAGCAAUGAUCACAUCUGCUACUUCCUUUACCAGGUUCACAGAGGCCUGGGGGAAAUCCACUCUGUUAACCUACACCAGGUGCACAGUUACUCACCUCACCUGCUGAACACCACCUGUGAUCUUAAGAUUUGCGAUUUUGGGCUGGCGCGGGUGGCAGACCCGGAGCACGACCACACCGGCUUCCUGACCGAGUACGUAGCGACUCGCUGGUACCGCGCCCCCGAAAUCAUGCUCAACAGUAAGGGCUACACCAAGUCCAUUGACAUCUGGAGUGUGGGCUGCAUUCUAGCAGAGAUGCUCUCUAAUCGACCACUGUUCCCAGGAAAGCACUAUCUCGACCAGCUCAAUCACAUUCUCGGCGUGCUGGGCUCACCGACCGGCGAGGACCUAGCCUGCAUCAUCAACGACAAGGCGAGGGCUUAUCUGCAGUCACUUCCCCACAAGCCGAAGGUUACCUGGACCAAACUCUACCCUAAUGCUGACCUAAAGGCUCUCGACCUCCUCGACAAGAUGCUUACGUUCAACCCGAACAAGAGGAUCACGGUAGAGGGCGCGAGAGACUGGGUUUGUGCUGAGUCUCACCCUACCCUGGAGCAGUACUACGAUCCCGCUGACGAGCCUGUCGCCGACGAACCGUUCACAUUUGAGAUGGAAUUGGACGACCUUCCCAAGGAGAAGCUGAAGGAACUCAUCUGGGAGGAGACCCAGCGAUUCAAGGAGCGACAGCCGAAGGGCGCUCCCUAGUAGUGGCAGCUGUAGCCGGUCGGCACUCGUACUGCCGUGUCAGCUGUUUACCAGUACACCGUACUACCAGCAUCGUGGUGAGAGGCUGAGGAGAGGGGGGGGGGGAAGGGAUGAGGAGAGAUUCUGAAACCAUUAUAAUAAUGAGAAUAACGUCAUUGUCUGCUGUUGAGUGACCAGUGAUGUUGCUGAGCUUGGGGUUUAGACUGUGUGCUGGUGAAACUAGCAGCGAAGGUUAAGGGCGCUGAGUAUCGGGCAUGUACCGUCAUCAAGUCAUGCUGUUAAACAGCAAAUGCUUGCUACCAGUCACAAAUAGUGGGGCGAUGGGAUAUGUGCGAGUGUGCGUGUGUGCGAGUGUGCGUGCGUGCGUGCGUGCGUGCAUGCGUUCGUGCGUGCGUGCAUGUGUGCGUGCGUGCAUUUUACCCAGCUUAAACGGAGCUCAUGGCCUUCGUCUGUGGUAGCCUAGACGGUAUUAGUCUGUGGCACAGGCCCGCGGCAGUACGUUGUACCUGCACCGUGCUUUAUGCAUUCUCUGUCAUGGUCAAUCCGCCCCCUCUCUCACUCACCUGGGUUAUGGAACUAAAUUAUUGCGAGGUUAUCACUCGGUAACGCUCGUACGUUGAUGCGAUUUAAAACCGGCUCCCAGGAAAUGCAUCAAAGUGGCACUUCCUGCAGGUGAUUUUGAACUAAAAGCAUUGAAGUAAUUUAUAUUUUUUGGACAGAAUUAAGUCGCCAUAAUUCAUCUAUCACUGCCAUCUAUCACGAAACACGAACUAAUACUGAUGAGAAAGUUUGCACAAUGGAUGGGCCGCUUUCAGAUAAGUGUUUCAAGCAAACUGAAGAGUGUGUUUGUACACUGUAUAGUGACAGCGACUAUAAUACAGUAAGUAGUCACAGUAGAGGUUUAUCUAACGAGGGAAAUACCCACGAGCUGUUUGCUCCAAUGAGGAAAUACCUGUUCGAUUGUAAUUAGAUUUGAUCGCUAUCGUUCCCACCUAAGCUCGCACCUGUUACAGAUUAUAUAAAUCAACUGUGAGAGAAGGCAUCCCUGAUCACUUCUUGUUUAUUAUUGUUAUGUAUAAAAGUAAUCUUGACUAGAGUAAUUAUUAUAUACAACAUGGCUGUCAGCACGUGGCAGGGGACAGUAGAAUCAUUGUUGUACAUGUCACGGUAAUUUGAGGUAAUAGAAGAGGACGUCUGGCGUACUGUGUAAAUGUUGUUUCACAAUAAUGAACUGUGUACGUGUGUAGCUUAGUGAGUGCAACACCGAAAUCGAAGAUUUAACAAAAGUGAAUAAUGUUUGCAGUUGUAAUAUAGAUGAGUCGACCCAUUCUUCCUGUUAACAACGUGCCAGGAGAACACACCUUGGUGAUGUAGAACAUUUGGCUGGCACCCUAGGUUGACUUGGUGAGAUUACUGCUGGGUGCCAGGUCACCUAAUAUUUUAAGAGAAAUCCGUACAGUUUGUCUUCACUUAAUCGUCACUUUGUAAGAAAAACGCAAGAUACGCUCUCUCGCUGUCGUAUUCAGGAGCUGAAUAUGCAGUCGGCAUGGCAACCAUGAUGCACAUGUAGUUCUGGAAGGGUUUUGUUGGUUAUGGCAUGCACUAUGUUUUAUUUUAUUUGAUGAAUUAAGCUAUGUAAUGAAGUAGGUAAUAAUUAUAGUAAUGUUAAGAUUAAAUAUUGAUAAUAGUCAUGUUUAAGCCGGUGUUUAACAAUAGAAUAGUCUAAAGACAGACUAGUUACAUCUAUGGAUGGAUGGCACCCAUACAGGUGGUGCCAUAUCUACAGGUAUAUGGCACUGGUGAAGAUGGCGCCACAAUAUCUAUAGGUAUGUGGCACCUUCACAGGUGGCGCUACUUGUGUUGAUACCGGUGUAUGUACGGUGAUUGCACGUCUACAGAUCCUAGAACACAUGAAGGGGGCACAAAGUGUAUGGUAGGUAAAUGUGCUCAUGGUAUCAGCCUUCUGUUAUGUCAUACAGUCUCUGUAACGUGUAGCACAGGCGAGUGGUGUUCUUUCAUCUAUAGAGAUGUCUAGCGGUUAGCCUUUCUGUACUGUGAGCAUAUGAUGUGCCACAUGUGGCGCCAUCUGUACGCAUGUUAUCAGAGGUUAAUAAUGACAUAAUUGUCAUUAUUAUUUGCCAUUAAUUGUCAUUAUUAUUAUGUCAAAAUUUGUCAUUAUUAACCCCCAUGUUAUUACGUUUAUCAUUUUGUGCGAAGUACAAGGUACUGUGGGUUCUGCCUCAGUAGGUGCUGAUACCUAUAGGGCCCGGUUCAUGUUUAGUUUGUGUAAUUGUAAAAUUGGGUAAUAAAUAACUAUCACUUAUUAUUAAGUGUUGUAAUCAAUCCUACUGCGCUAAUUAAAAA